UGGAAAACUAGAAGGAUGAUAUUAUGAGCAUUCAUUGUGGCAGUUCUGUUGUUUGAGAUUGCAGGUUGAUGUUCUGAAGGAUUUUUCAAGUACAAUCAAGGAUGAAAGCCUUGCAAUAGUUCAUGUAAAACAUGUUCUGACGAUACUUCCUGUGACAGCUGUGAGUCAUUCAUGACUUUGGAUCCAGCCUCAUCUCUCUGUGCUCACUGAGCUGAUGAUGAAUACUAUGACACCAGAUCAGAAUCUUGCAAAAGCUGAAUGGAUACUUGCUUGGGAGUUUGCAGCUAUAGAAAGACAUGCAUGACAUGAGCUCCAGGACAAAGCUUAGACAUACAAACUCUCGAGUGUGUAGAUGACUGCCAAGUAUCACAGAUUAAGCUUGAAGGACCAAGCUUGUCUGUUCCAAGUGCUUGCAGAACCCCAGACUAUUAUGUUGAUCCAUUGAGCACUGAAAUAUUGGAGCUUGGAACCAGAGAGCACCCAUACAGAACAAUGAAGGCUGUGAGUUCUGAAAUUCUUACUUUUCUAUCGCAUCGAGAAGUAAAUGUGACUAUCAAUGUGAAAGAUGUUUACUUAGAAGAUUAUACUUUGUUUGCUCUAAACAUGACAGGACUUACAAUCAAGAGCCAUCCAGGUUAUACUGAAGCUAGCAGAAAGGCUUUGAUAAUUCCCACAGAGUUCACCCAAGUUGGGAUCAGUAAGAAAGCUCGGCUUCAUCUCCUAAAUACUGCUGAUCUCCCAGUAGAAAAUGUUCUCAACGCUGGGAAUUUUAUGGACAGUGAAAGGCUACAAAUUUUGAGAAGAGCAACUAUCGUAUUUGCUCGGACAGAAAUUAAAUUUGAUAGCAUAGAUUUGUACAGGGAAGAAGAAGAUUACAACAAGGGUAUCACAUUUAGCAGAGCAAUAUAUUUACAAGAUCGAACAUUGACUUUUUCUGAUAUGAAGAUAAACAUUACAGGAACUUUCUUUGAAACGUCUGAUCCAUUCAAUAUAGUGAUCAGAAAUAUAGAAUUUGAUACUUACAGUAUGACCAAUAUCUUGGCGGUUUAUAUCUUUUGAAAUUAUCCUGAAGCUAAUCAGAAAGCAAGUGUUGAUAUUGACGGUCUCAAAUUUACUACUUCUAAAGAUAGGACUUCAGCUUCUCAUCCUAAUGGAUUUAUGACGAACCACCCAGGAAACUGGACAGUUAAAAACUUAAAUGCUGAAGAUUUCUACUCGACUCUAGGCUCUUUCACUUACCCUUUUUAUUAUAUGAUCAUCGCUCAGCUUUGCCUACCCAAUGACGGGCUCAUUCAGACUGCUACUUUUGAAAAUUUCUAUUUAUCUGUGAAUAAUUCAAAGAGAGAUAGAAUAAAUUCCAUAGGUGCAUCAACCUCAGCUUUUCACUACAGGUCUACAUUUCAGACAUAUCGCAAUCUCAAUUUUCAUGGUUAUGAGGACACCACAUACAUUCCAGCUCUUUUGAAAGGACAACCAAUUGAUACAAUAAAUUUAGAAAGUUUUAAGUUCCAAAACUCAACUCUUCGAUCGGCUUUGGUGACUCUCUAUAACGUGAAGAAAGUGACUAUAGGAAACCCUUGUAUUAGUGUCUCUGAAGGCGAAAGCCUUCCCUCAUGAGAAACAGUUAUCCAGAACAUUGGAGGAUUCUACACCAACUUGAUCACUGUCUCAAAUGUUCAUGAAGUAGAAAUUAAAAAUAUUAGAGUUACUAAUGUAACUGCUCCUUUCUCUCAGAGUUCUUCUUUGUUAUCGCUUGAAAACUUUGAAGAUAGCAAGAUUACCGUAGAAGAUAUACAUGUGAGAGAAUUUAACUCUGGGAAUGGAGGUUUAUUAUCUAUCCCAGGAAAUUUAAAAGCUAUACAAAUAAAAAUGACAGUUGUUGAUAGCAGUGCAAAACCAGGGUUAUCUCUCUUUCAGAUAAAUUCCAUUGGAAGCUUAGCAAUAAAUGGCUUUAUAGCUCAAAAUAUUUCAGUAAAUCAGAGGCAAGAUGAAAAUUCAGCUAUAUUUGAUAUAAACGCUCUUAACAUGCAAGGAAAUCCCAACUCAACUCUUGAAAAUAUUGAUAUCUCCAACUGUGGGAUCUCUGUGCUCAAGUUCGGAUCUAUUCUCAACAAUAAUACUUUACCAAGUAUAUUUGAACUUAAGAAUUUUACUGUUCGAGAUUCGGUAUUGACAAGCACAAGAUCAAUAAUUUCAACUUCAAACCUUGAAAGCGAUGCUGACUUCACCUUGAAGUUGAAUGGGUUUUAUUCUUCAAAUGUGACAUUUGAAAGCAAAGGGGACUUGCUGUUCUUUGACCAUGGCUUAGUUAAUCCAGUUAUCGUUGAGAACUCUGUAUUCACUAAUUUGAAGUCAGUCUCGAUUACUUUGAGAGGGUCUGACUCAGUUCCCAAUAUUGUUCGUGAAGUUUCCUUUAAAAACUGUACUUUCAGCAACAUUUAUUCGAUUUCUCAAUCUUUGGUCAGAGUAUCAGAACAAGCGACUGUGAAUUUUAUUGGAAGUUCUUUUGAUUCGGUUUCGUCAUCGUCUGAUUGGUCAGGAAUUGUUGAGGCAACAUCAAGCUCAAUUACAAAGUUUUAUAACACAAAUUUCACAAGAAAUGCGGCUGUAACAUCGACAUUGUUUAAUGUACAAUUAGAUGCUUAUUUAGAAUGAAAUUCAUGAUUCAUCACUCACAAUUUUGGUAUAAGCAGUGCAGUAAUUUCUGUUUUGACUGACGGGUAUUUCAAAUUUUCUAAUUGCAUUAUCACUGAGAAUAUUGCUAUUCAAAAACCAAUUGGUCAGAUAGUUGAUGCUGCUAAAGUGAGUAUAAUUGACAGAACACAGAUUUUCAAUAACUCCAUCAUUACUCCGAGUGUGUUUGAUCAAGAAACUUCUGGAGUUUGCUCACAACUCUGAUUCUUGGACCAAAGAUUAAUCGAUUAUAUCAAUAACAGUCAAUUGCAGAGCAUUCCUGAAGGUUUUGAACUUAUUGAAAUAGUUUCUGGUUCACUUGAAAUCAUCAAUAACACUCAAAUCUACCACCAGAAUGGAAUACUAAAUGUAUUCAUGUCUUCUUUAAAGAUGGCUGGCUCAAUCCUCAGGAAUAUCAACUUCACUAACACUCCAGUAAAGCUGACAUCAUCAAUUUUUGAGCUUCAAGAUAUGCUUUUGACAAACAUCCAAGAUAACUCAGCAAAUGAAAUAUUUUUGGUCAACGAUGAAAGCCAGAUAAUUGCAAGAAACAUUACUUACAACAAUUCAAAUACAAGGCUGCUUAGAGUUCUUUCAGGAAAAGCUGAAUUGAGCAUAUUUACAGCUAGCAACAUCACUGAUUUUGAUAAUCUGGCCUUCUUCUUUUCUUGCCAAAGUGUGAAGAUUUCGGAUGCUACAUUAUCUGAUUUAAAGGCUAAAUCUGACCAAAUUAUCAAGAUAGAAAGCUCUCUGAAUGUUUCUUUAGAUUCCUUAUUCAUCAACAGUUUACAACAAAUUGCUAUUUUGAUAUCUAAAUCCAUGGUUGAAUCAAUCAGAAACAUGAAUAUUUCAAACUGUACAAAAGCUUUUAAAAUUGUUAAAAGUAAUGUAAACCUCAUUGAGUCUUCUAUUUUGAAUAAUAAUGGAGGACAGAACAAUUUUAUUAAAGGUGGAGCAAUCAAAAUUAUUGACAGCACCAUAACAAUUUCAAAUACCUCUUUGUCAAACAACAUUGCUGAUAUUGCUGGAGCAGUUGACUUUGAAUGUUCUUCUACUGUUGUAUGUAAACUAGAGAUAAAUAACUCAACUUUUCAAAAUAAUUCUGCCUCUAUUCAAGGAGGAGCAAUUAAUUACAAUCUCAAAAGGCCUAAACUUUUAGAUUCUUGAUUUAUAAAUAACUCUGCCCAAUACGGACCUGAUCUUGCUAGUUAUCCUGUAAAAAUUAGACUUAAGAAUGAUCUUAACAGCAAUAUUGAACUUUCUGGAAUAGGAUCGGGAGUUGCUAUAUCCUCUCCGCUUGAAAUCGCACUUCUCGAUUAUGACAAUCAAGAAAUGAACUUAAAUAAUGAAGAUCAAAUUGGAAUAUUUACUCAGAUCGGCUCUUCUGCUUCAGUAGAGGGAAUAAAUUCAUUUCCUUUUAAAUCUGGAAUUGCUAAUAUUGAAGGAAUUAUAUUUGUAAGUCAACCAGGCUCUAAAAAUGUGACAUUUAAUGCUCAUACGAGUGCCAUCGACAGCAAAAAAGUCAGUACAGCAUUCCCAAAUAAGGACUUCAGCAGCAAUAUUACAGUUGAUUUCAGAUUCUGAGAGCCUGGAGAAGAAAUCACCCAGCAAAAUACUUGCAGAGAAUGCGAUGCUGGAACUUAUUCUUUAAUAUGGAAUUCUACCCAGUGAGUAAAAUGCAUGAACAAUGCUGAGUGACUGGGAAGGAAUCAAGUUAGUGUAAGUCCAGGAUACUGGAGAGCAUCUCAAACUUCCACUUUCAUCGCUGAGUGAAUCAACAAAGAUGCUUGCAACGGUGGAUUCUCAAGCGGAACUCUCCAUCCUGUGGACUGAGCAGAAGGCUAUCAAGGAGAGUUGUGUGCACAAUGACUUGCUAAUGAAAAUGUAAAAUAUAGAAAGACUGGCAAUUCUAAAUGAGAAAAAUGCCCAAGUCCUGUAUGGAAUGCUAUCCUGGUUAUUGGAUUAGGAUUUAUUGUUUUUGCUUUUGUGAUGAUGCUUAUUGUAAUUAACAUCAGAAAAACCAAGGAAAGUGAGUUAUCUGUGCUGCUAAGAAUAUUGACUAAUUAUCUCCAACUCAUAUUUACAUCUUUAUCGUUAUCAUCAAGCUACCCAGUCUCAAUGAUCCAGUUUUUCGAAGCUACGAACAGGUUCGGAGAUGCUUCUCAAACAUUUCUGUCAUUUGAUUGCUUCAUCAGAGACUACCAAAUAACAUCUCCGUUUAGUUCGAAUGCAAUAUUGAAAGUAUUCCUAUUGAGUAUACUCCCUUUGAUUUUGUUCGGAGUAGUGGCUUUAAUUUGGAUCAUUUUAUACUUCAUAAAACGCAAAUAUGUGAAGACCCUACAAAGAAAUUUAGCGAUAUCCUUUAUAAGUAUUUUGUUUCUGCUCCAUCCCAAGCUAACAGAGCAAAGUCUUGGUCUUUUGAGAUGUGUUGAAAUUGAUGAGGGAGAUCGAAGGGUGAGGAUCGAUACAAGUAUUAAAUGCUAUUCAAGUGAUCAUAUCCUUUACAUUGCAACAAUAUCAUCUCCAAUCUUGAUUAUUUGGGUGAUCUUACUUCCAGUCACAGCCUUGAUACUCUUGUUCAUCUAUAUUAAAAGACAAUCAGACAACAAGAUAAAGCAGUACUUCCUGAUCCUGUAUCAAGGACUAAAGCGGGACAAAUUCUACUGGGAGUUUGUAAACACAGCAAGGAAGAUAUUUAUUCUAAUUAUUUUCCCUCUUCCAGUGUCAAUGAAGAUGCUAGUUGCAGUGGUUGGGCUUGUUGUUUUUGCAAGAAUCCAAAUGAAGCUUCAGCCUUACACCAUUUCCGAUAAUAACAAUUUAGAAAUACUUGCAAUUAGUGCAGGAAUACUUACUUUAUUUAGUGGUCUUCUGUAUUCUCAAGAAUCAGAGAUGGCAACUAUAAAUUUUGCAUCAAUGAUUUUCUCUGUGAUGUUUAACAUUUGAUUUCUGGCACAUUGGCUGUAUCUAUUAUCUAAAUCAAUGAAGGAUUCUUCCAAACUUCUUCAUGCGAUGUUCAAGUUCCUGACUUAUUUACUCUGAAAAGAAAAGAAGAAGGAGAAAAUCAAUAAGGAGGAGCCUGGAACAUUUAGGAAUGAUACAAAGAAAAAUAAGAAAAAGAAAAGAACCAAAAAAUAUAAAAACCAUAAGAGGAUUAGAGGCGCAAGUAAUAAAAUGGCAAAUGAAAAGAGAGAAAAGAGAUUAGCUAUAUUGAAUAAGAAUGAAGAUGUGCUGUUUUCAAAGAAUAACAUUGAUAAUUACUUAAUGAUGGUGAAUCAGGAAAAUUCAAGUUCUUCUCAGAAAGAAGAAGAUAAACUGAUCUCAAGUUCUUUGGAAAGACAACAAUUUUCCUCUUUAAGAACAAAUAGGAAAAUGCUGAAAGUGCCUGAACACCCUAAAUAUUCAAAAUGUUAAAAAAUUU